AUGAAAUUCUUCGCUCUUUCCGUGAUGACUGCCCUUGCAGCAGCGUCGCCUGUAUCUUCGACAGCUCAGUUCUCAGAAAACGAGGUCCAAGCUCGCCAGUUCGGUUUCGGCACGAGCACCAGGAACGAACUUGAGAACGGACGAGCAGGAGCUUGUCCAAAGGUGAUUUUCAUCUUCGCCCGCGCAUCCACGGAAACUGGCAAUAUGGGCGCUUCUACUGGCCCUGUAGUAGCUAGUGCUCUUGAGCGCACCUACGGCGCAAGUGGUGUAUGGGUCCAAGGUGUUGGUGGCCCAUACUUGGCUGAUCUGGGCUCUAAUGCCUUGCCCGGCGGUACCUCACAGGCUGCUAUCAACGAGGCUGUCGGUCUUUUCCAGCAAGCAAAUCAGAAGUGCCCUAACACCUCCAUCGUUGCUGGUGGCUACAGUCAAGGUACAGCUGUUAUUGCGGGAGCUAUCCCCAAGCUCUCUACUACGAUUCGCAAUCAGGUCAAGGGUAUCGUGCUCUUCGGUUACACUCAGAACGCCCAGAAUCGUGGUAAUAUUCCUAGCUACCCCAGCGAUGACUUGGAGGUAUAUUGUGCUACUGGUGACUUGGUUUGUGUCGGAACGCUCACUAUUACUGCCGCACACUUCUCUUACGCGGAUGAGGCUGCCGGGCCUGCGCCUAGGUUCUUGCAGAGCAAAAUCAAUGGAAACUAA